AUGAGAAAGGUUGUGCUCUACUUUGAAAAAGUACAGCAUAGCAUCGAAGAAGAUAAGAUCAUAGAGCGCAAGCGAAGAUAUGAGAAUAGAUUAUUAUGGAGAAGACAAGCCUUCGUGUGUCUUCUGCUGAUUGGAGCAGCCAGCGUAACGGCCAAGCCCAAGCCCGGGGGAGGCGGCUGGUCUUCGGGUGGUGGUGGCGGCGGCGGCGGUGGCGGUUGGUCAUCCGGCGGCGGCGGCGGCGGCGGACAUGGCGGGGGUGGUGGCGGCGGUGGUGAUGUGCAGGUCAUCAAAGUCAUCACAGAGAGCGGCGGCGGCGGUGGCGGUGGCGGUGGCUGGUCUUCAGGCGGAGGCGGUGGUGGCGGCGGUUGGUCCUCCGGCGGCGGAGGCGGCGGUGGCUGGUCUUCUGGAGGAGGCGGUGGUGGCGGCGGCGGCGGUGGCGACAUAAAGCUCAUUAAGAUCAUAAGCCUGGGUAGCGCUGGCGGCGGCGGCGGCGGCGGUGGCUGGUCGUCUGGUGGUGGCGGUGGAGGCGGCGGCUGGUCUUCAGGUGGUGGCGGCGGAGGCGGCGGUGGUGCCACCAAGGUCAUCAAAAUCAUUAAGCUGAGCAGCGGCGGCGGCGGCGGUGGCGGACAUGGUGGUGGUGGCGGCGGCGGCGGUGGCUGGUCCUCGGGUGGUGGUGGCGGCGGCGGCGGCGGUGGCUGGCAGCCAGCUGGCGGCUGGGCCUAAGGCUCCAGGCACAGCCCCCCAUCCCAGCAUCCUGUAUAUACUGUACAUAACUGAGAAAUUGUUUGUAAUUUCCUUCAUUUUUUGUUUAACUUUUUUUUAUAUACGAAUUUCCUAUGUAACGGAAGAAAGAAAAGAAAUUAUGUUGUAUUAUGUAAAAGAUUGCAAAGUCGCAACUUGGCCAAAAGACUACCGAAUAUUUCACGAAUAACCAAUAAAUAUAAAU